AUGGCCACGUAUCCCGGCCCUCUCCAGUCAUGGACCGGAGGAUCGGACAUACGACCACCGCACCGCAAUGGACAAAACAAGACGCACUUGACACUUUGCCUAGCAAUAGAUUUUGCUGUAGUGGUCACAGUUUUACUGGAAUGCAAGUUUUUCAUAGUACACUCAGGGACAUGUAAUGGCGGUCUUGCACCCGUGAGCUAA